ACUUCUUGAUUCAGGCUGAACAUUGGAAUUCACCCAUUUGUCUCUUUUUCCUGUCUAAGAUGCAGAUGGGGCACAUUUCGUUGACUCCAUCAAUCCCUGCCCCCACGCAUUAGCACAUGCACACGUAUACCUAGCCAGUGGAAAAGAAAAAAGAGUUACUCACAUUCAUCCAUUUUACAAAGAUUUCCAGGCUGCAAUGGGAGGGCUUUACCUCUCCCUGAAGGAUGAAUAAAUAGGUAGCUUUACUGACAACCUGUUCACUGACUGAAGUGAAAACAGAGACCAAGGUCUUGCUCCACUGGCACUUAUGAGACCCAGUCCUGGCGACAUGGAGAGAAUAGUCAUCUGCCUGAUGGUCAUCUUCUCAGGGACAGCAGCCCAUAAAUCGAACUCUCAAGGGCAAGAUCGCCUCUUGAUUAGACUGCGUCACCUUAUAGACAUUGUUGACCAGCUGAAACAUUAUGUGAAUGACUUGGACCCUGACUUUCUGCCAGCUCCAGAAGACGUAAAGAGACACUGUGAGUGGUCAGCUUUUUCGUGUUUCCAGAAGAUCCAACUAAAGUCAGCAAAUGCGGGAGAUAAGGAAAAGAUAAUCAAUAUAUUAACUAAGCAGCUGAAGAGGAAACUACCUGCCACGAAUGCAAGGAGAACACAGAAACAUGGACUAACAUGCCCUUCAUGUGAUUCUUAUGAGAAAAAACCACCCAAAGAAUUCCUAGAAAGACUGAAAUCACUCAUCCAAAAGAUGAUCCAUCAGCAUCUCUCCUAGAACAUGUGGAAUACGAAGGUUGCAGAAGAUCUCACUUGAAGCUGGACACUAUAUUACAGACUCUAACACAGUAGUGAAAUUCACUUCUUGGUAUUCCAAAUGGAGGAGUACGACAUAUUAGUGAUGGGGGAAAAACUCAGAUAAGUGUUCAAAGUCAGGAUUAUUUACCCCAAAUCACUAUGCAGUACUUCAGUUUGAUCCACACACUCUGUGUUUGGUCAACUUGAAAAGACUUUGUUCUCAAUUAGAGUCUGAUUUCCUGUGUUAUAGGUUUUGAUGACUUCUAAAGUUUUAACUUGAUCUUACUGCCCAACUAUGACAUCUCUUGGAGAAGCUUAAAAUUUUUUAGCCAAAAAUACAA